AUGCAGAACACCGCCCAAAUUUCAGCGGUCUCCACUACCCUGUCUCUCACCCUGGAGUCCCUCGCGACACAGGUCGCCGAAUUAACUGCCGUUCGACGGCUAGCAGCCCGCGACCCUUCACUGCGUCCCAGGUUCCGUCACCGCAGUCCCACAUCUCCCCGUGCCACCGUGACCGCGGACGAAACUACGCGCCUCAACAUCAUUCGACACCCGGGUGCGCCAGUGCGAGCCCCCAUGUUCCUGGCCGGGAAACGAGCACCGCGGAAGCUAAUAGCGCCGAUCUCUCGCGGCCCCACACGGCGCCUGCUCUAUGUCCGUGACAGUAACUCCCGCCUACGGUUCCUGGUGGACAGGGGAGCAGAAGUCAGCCUUAUCCCCACAACCCACAGUGACAAACACUUGCCCCCUUCUCACACAUUGGAGGUUGCCAACUGCUCACCCAUCAACGUAUACGGUGAGCGUCCAUGA